CAUCAAGCAUUACAUACAUUAAAUUCUGAUUUGCCAGAUAAAUUCAUUAGGGAAACGUCUUAGCUUGAGAUGCUAAAUUGGAUUUACGUUAAGUUCAUAAUAACUGUUUUUAUCAAACUUUAAACAUAAAGGGUAUUCCCUAGCAGGCUACUAUAGCCGCCAGAGCAAACCCACUAUCGAGCCACAGAAGUUGUUGGUGCGGGGGGCGGGCGGAGGAGGUGCGAAGUGGAGCGGAGUGGAUCAACCUUCAGCGAGUUGCGCAGACGUAGACGGCGUCGCAUGUUGUGGGCUUUGUUGUUGCGGUGCUAUUACUACAAUAUUUGCGGCGUUAGGCAUUUAUUUAUUUAUAUUUCAUUUUUUCGGUGUGUUUCUUUACGUAAAGCUGCGUCCAAGUUGAGACACUCCCACAAUUGCAAGAUAACCGCGACUGCGCGCGUGUUUCCAACGCUUCGAUCGCAGAUCGCGCCGUUCUCCAGGGGCUGUGCGAGGGGGCUGUACCGAUGGAUCUACCCCCUUGGCAUGCUCCACGCCCGCCCCUGCUUGGGCCAGCAACUGCUCCACCGUGAUUUCAUGGCACAGCAAUUCACAUAGCACUUCAGUUUGACUUUGCCACUCGCUCCGCUUUGUGUUGGUUACUUGGAAGGGGAACCUACAGUCCUCGAUACGAUUCGAUUCGAUUCGAUCCGAUCCGAUCCGAUCCGCCCACCUCAGUUCGUCGGCGGUGUUCUCAGUGACAUAAACUCUCCCAUUAGGCUUGGAUCGUAACCAUGCGGCAUCUGGUGCUUCUGGCCGUAACUUACGUGGCUCUGGUUUUGGCCAAGCCGGCGACGAAGACGCCUCGCCUGCUCAUCGAUUCAGCACCCUCGGUGGUCUCCUACCAGGGUUCCUCGCAGGCCCAGACCCGCUUCGUCAUCGCGCCCAUGGGCCGGGCAUUGGGCUACGUGGAGCCCACCAACCUCAAUCGAACCUUCCACACGAAGGCAACGCAGGAGGGCGGCGCCACCGGCUACGAGCAGCUCAAUCUGAGUCCGGUCUACGUGCCGAGUAGCUAGGCAUUGGAAUCGCAUAGUUUUAGUUAGUUAAAUGUGUAAAUAAAGGCAGCGUGUGUAACAAAAAA